AUGCCUGUCGCUAAGGCCAAUCUGGUCCAGCUCUACACGGAAAUUGGCGACGCUAGCUUACUCGAUCACGCGCCGUACGACCAGAUAGUCACCGCUUCGCAGUAUUACGAUCCUCGCGCUAUAUCCUUCAAGAUCAGAUUUGGCUAUAUCGUCGACAAAUACAGCAAGAGACCGCAAGAAAUCUGGGUCCUCUUCUACCCACCCACCAAGGAAGGCCGGCAUCCCGAGAUGCAAUUCCACUCAUUCGACCCCGAUACGAAUGCUUUCACCAAGCACGAUGACAGCAACAUCAGCACCACUGUCUCUGCACUCGCUAGCGCGUUCAACAACCCGAAGAAAGCAGCGAAGGGCAAGCACGUGGCGCUAGCCAAGUACUACUACCUAAAGGCUCUCGUAUCAAGGGAGGCGGGAGGCGCUAGCGAGCUGGAGAUAUCUAUACCGAUUACUCGCACUUUCGUCGACAGCUUGAGAGUCGUUUGUCGGGAGUUCGAGGAAGCAAAGGAGAGAUCAUCGCGCUCACCGUCAGUAACGCUGAUUGAUGACCAUGACAGCGUCCUCAGUGAUCCUCCAGAGGACCUUUUUGAGCCUACUCAGCCAGUCAAGGCAACCUCAAUAAUCACUGCCGAGGUAUCCUCCGUUCUCACUCAUGAUGUCAACGUUGAGCAACUCGAAACCCUCCUUGCGGUCUGCGACGACGAGCGCGAGCUCCAGGCUUCCGACAGUGCUCUAGAUACAGAGAAGAGGGCGUUGGAACAGCGGUGCCACGUGAACAAAGAGAAGCAGGCCGAGUUAAACGCUCGCCGUGAACUGGUAUUCAAGGGCAUGAGCUUGAUGGAUAUCUUCAAGUUAGGCGGGCAGAUGGAGCGCGAGGAGAAGCGCCGAAAGCUCGGUUAG